GGUCGAUCUAGAGCAUGAAAGCUUAAGAUCGGUCGAUCCACAUUGACUGGAUCGGUCGAUCUAUCGUCCUGUGCGAUCAAUACUUCAUUCGGUCCACUGUUCGGUCUAUCUUGUUUCUGAAUAAAUCCCGAAUGCGUUCUUUUCUUUCAAGCUAUCUAGUAACCUGCAUAUUACACUUAAGAACACCAAAACGCAUCAAAUAGACCAAAACAUUAAUUAAAACCGACCAUUUAAUUGCUCCAAAACGAGUUUAAAACCGUUAAAAACACGGAAUAUCACCUCGCCGUCGGCCGGAAAUCUCUCAGCACUCAGUUUCUCUCUCUUUCUCUCCCUUUUCAUUUUAAAGACUUUUUUUAACUCUCAAGAAAUAUAAUAGAGUAAAAGUCUGAGAUUCCUGAGCCUGCUCGUUGUAUCAGUUUCGCUAGAGAUGGUAUGCAGAGGAAAGAUUGGCUCUGUCUUGUUGCUGUCCAUUGUGACUGUUGGUUGCUCACUGUUUCUUUCUACUUUGGUGCUCGCCUUAAUCGUAACGAGAGAGCAUUACAUAUACUUAAUCGGCAUCUUGAGCAAGGCUUGUGAUACAUGGAAGAUAUGGGGAUUAGUUGAGAAAGUGAUGGUGAGCACUAACCAUAACAUUCCUCGUUCUAUAUGGGUGGCAGUGCUUCAAAUAACAGAGUAUCUGCUUGGAAGUGUGAAGACUGCACAUCCUCAACUGUUAUAUGAGACCAUGAUAUAUAGGGGUUGUUUGUUCAAGAUGAAGUAUGCAAACAUGUCCACGAUAUCUUAUUUGUAUUUUUUUUUUUUUGAGGCUUCUUUCUAUAUUUUGUAAAUAUUUGUGUUCUUCCUAAUAUUGUGUCUUCACUGUAUAUAAAGAAAAAUAAAAUCUAACCUUUAAUUUUA